AAAAUGGCAAUACCGCAAUGACAUUUCAAACAUCAUCAAUAAUUUCAAAUUUUCGUUCGUUUGUUUUUUGUCGGUUUUUUAGUUUUUUGGCUUUCGGCUUGUGCAUCUCAAAUUAAACAAUUUAAAAUAUUAAGUAAUUUUCAUAUAACUUGUAAAGAUGGCAACGAAAACUGAAGACACCAGUUGUUAUCUCACGAAGGUUGAUAUCCAGCAAUCGGUGAAAACGUUUAAUUUAUCGAAGGGGUUCGCAAAAAGACUACUUAGAAUCGGCGUUCUGAAUGUAAUGCACCAGAGAUUGGAUAUACCCCAUGAAGAGUUUAUUAAGAGAAGUUAUGAAAGUGUCCCAUACGUAAUAUUUCGAAGGAAGUCUAACAAUAAAUUUAUUCGAAACUAUCACGCAUUUUCAGCGGGGAUCAUUGACGCUAUUGAAAAGGAUUAUUUAAAGGAAAUUUUGAUGUAUUUCCGUGACAAUGAGUCUGGAGAAUUAUUGGAAACUUAUGGCUUUAAAAUAAAAUAUAACAAGCAAUCUUCUAAAUCUAACGUUAAAUCGACUGCUGUGAAGAAAGCAACUCUAGAUUUUCUUCAAGCUAUAGCCGAUAUACCGGGAGAAAAAAUGGAAUCUGACAAAAUCGAGCUGGUUGUAGAGUGCACUUACAGAGACGAGGUUCCACUAGAAUAUGAGCCUCCUUACUUCGAGGUAGCAAAAGAGCCAUACUGUCUAGAUAAUAGUGUAAAUAAAGUCGUUAAUUUGGGCGAAGUUAAUACAGGUUUUCAUAAGAUUAAUUGUUAUGGCAGAGGAAAAAUGUUUAACACUUCGAGACAAUCCAGUCCUAUAUCUAGUAGAAAUAACCAGGACGAAAUUGAGGCCGAAAUUCCUGAAACUGAACGGGUCGAAGAAAAUAUGGCAGGCGGUACAAAAUCACCUGUAUCCGAUGAGCAGCCACACAAGAGACCAAGAACUAAUUCGUCUGUUAUAGAUUUAACUGAUGUGGGAAGUUUGGAUGAUCACAUUAGCCUAGUGUCCGAUGGGAGAUACGUCACUUGCCCCUGUUUAUGGGAGUUGGGCAGCAACUUCGAGACAGUAAAAUGCUCGAAAUGUUUUGGAGAGGUCCAUUUGGUCUGUCAUGGAUACGUCAAUAUCAAUGACGUGGACCAAACCACGUUCAACUGUGUCCAAUGUGACCGUCCUGAGGAUGAGCAAUACGUCAUGUUGCUAAUGAAAUUUAGAAUAAUCCUAUUCGGGAUUUACUUAAACAAGGCACUCCCUGUAUUUUUGCUACAAUUAGGCUCAGUGGAAGAAAGAGAUUUUGUUAUGAACAGAUUGGACGCAUUACAAGUUUACAGACACAAUGCCAAGUCAAUUCUAGAUAUCGACUAUGAUCGUCUAAACGAAGCCUUAACUCAAGUGUUUCGACUUCAGCAUUUUUCAUUUAAUGAUUCGCAAUUUUUUCAGUAAAAUUUUGAUUUCUUUCAGAAUUUGUUUAAUUAUUUUUUUGGUUUAUUGCAUUUGUUUUGAAUUCUUUCCUUCAUAAGUUAUAGUUUAUUCAAAAUUAUUUUUGAAGUUAUGCCAUUAAAAUAUAUGGUAAUAUACCGUGUGAUUUUUAUAUAAGUUUUACUAAAUUAAUAUAACUAACAUUUUUAAAUAUUUUUUUUAGAUCAGUCAUACAUAACUCGUGUCUUGUUAGUUUAACCACUGAAGCUUAUUGAAAAACUUUUUAAUCACACGGUAUAUAUUUUGCUUGGUAAUAAUGCGUUAUUAUAGUAAUAAAUAAUAAUUAAAUUAUCUUUUAGGAAUCUUAAUUUAUUUCACUUUUUGAUUGUUAAUUUUCUUUAAUAAUUUUAGCUUAUUAUUUAUAAUUUGUCUCGUUUUGUUCCUAUAAAGACGUUACGUUUAACGUUAUAAUAUAUAAGAAAUAUGUAUUGCAGUUGAUAAUAAAUAUAUCUUUGCGGA